CAAGUGAUCUGUCUAUGUAUCUGUGUGUGGUUGAAUGCUGACUGAUUUAUGCAUAAUAAUAAUAAAAAAGACAACAUAUCGGUCAAUAUGCAAGUGAAUUACAUUAGCUAACAGAAGAAGGUCAAAGAAGUUGUGUCGGCUUUCAUUGCGUCAUCUGUCUGCGACACGUUAGUGGCAAGCCAGUGUUGCUUUACUAACACGUGUGUAGACCGGUUUUGCUGACAGGCAACAUAAACCUUGAACCGUUAUCACUAAAGCUAAUCACAACUGUCCCAUGAGUUUUGUGGAGUACUCAGAGCUCAUUCAGGAAGGAGAUGUGGUCAUCAUCUUUCUUGGGCAUGAUUCCAUGAUGCCCAUCAAGGUGGAGUCUGGUGCUCAAACACAGACCCGCUAUGGAGCCAUUCGCCACUCCACUGACUUAAUCGGUCGACGGUUUGGUUCUAAAGUAACGUGUAGUAAGGGUGGAUGGGUGUAUGUGCUGCAUCCCACUCCAGAGCUGUGGACUGUGAAUCUGCCCCACCGAACCCAGAUCCUUUACACAACAGACAUCGCCAACAUCACCCUGAUGCUGGACCUCAAACCAGGCUCCAUUGUCUGUGAAUCAGGCACUGGCAGUGGCUCACUGUCCCACGCCAUUCUCCGCACCAUCGCGCCCAAUGGCCACCUGCACACAGUCGAGUUUCAUGCCCAGCGGGCAGAAAAGGCUACAGAAGAGUUCAGAGAUCACAAGGUGGGCCAUCUAGUAACUGUCCGAAACCAGGAUGUGUGUAAAGAAGGCUUUGGUGUUUGGGGUGUAGCUGAUGCGGUAUUUCUGGACAUCCCAUCACCAUGGGAGGCCAUCAUACAUGCCAAGAAAGCAUUCAAACGCAGAGGGGGUCGUUUGUGCUCGUUCUCUCCAUGUAUCGAGCAGGUCCAGAGGACAUGUGAAGCUCUGCUGGAUCAUGGUUUUGAGGAGAUCUGCACUCUGGAGGUUCUGCAGAGGGUACACGACGUCCGCUCUGUCACUCUGCCCUUACCGGACUUCGGCCCGGAGGGUGGAACAGACAAAACCAAGAUAGCCUCUGACCCUCUUCCAGAGGAAGUUCCACCUUCAACAAACCCCAGCUACUCUUCAGUGACCUGCAGGACUGCAACACCACCUAGAGAGAUGGCUGGACACACGGGUUACCUCACUUUCGCUACCAAACCACGGGGCUAGAACAUUACAGGAAUGCCGCAAGAUGGAUGGAGUGACUGCUUGAAGCAUGGGUGUAGACUUCAGCUCUGUGUUCAUUUUUUUUUUUUUACAGUCUCUCAUGGUAUAUAAUAACAUACCUUUAUAUUAAGAUACAGAGAUGGAGUUAAUCAUAUAUAUUUUGCAAAUAUGAUUUGAAACCACUUUUUAUUACUGUUUAUUGUUCUUUGUGUAAGAACAAGCUUUAAUUUCUUUCAAAGUACAACAAUACACUUUAAUAAUGUUAGUUUUUUUGUUACAAUAAAUUUCAAAUGAGAGGAAAUCUAUUCUUCUAAUCUUGAGUUUGUUUUUCUUCACUGUGCAUGUCACCACAUACUGCUGAGGCUUUUGCCAUGUACACUUGCCAUGUCCUGUUUAUCUGUCUUUAGAAAAUGCAAGAUCCUUGAUUUGUUUAAAGCAAUUGCAAAUUAUGUGGAAUGGAGAAAUUUCAGUAUAAUCAGUGAUGAAUCUGUUUAUUGAUGAUAUUUCAGUUUCUGUUUAUAGUUUUAUAGUACAGAAGUACUAUAGCUGUUAUAUUUUAUCUAAAACUGGAUGCUGUUUUCCCUUACUUUGGUUAUGGUAAAUGGUCUGCACUUAUAUAGUGCUUUUUUAACCUUAGUGAUUUUACAACACGCUUUACACUGGUUUUCACACACACACACCAAAGGUAGCAGAGCUGCCAUGCAAGGCGCUAACUUGCCAUCAGGAGCAACUUGGUUCAGUGU